GAAGUUGUUAUCUAUGUUAACAUAAAUAAAUUAUUUAUAAAUUUCACAAAAUUAAUAAAAGUUGGUUAGUUUAAUGAUCAAAUGUCAUUUUUUAAUUUAUUCCAUUUUAAUAACAUCGUUUCAUUUAUUAUCUGUUAACCAGGAUGAUGUAUUAACUUCAGAUUUCCAAAGCUGCUUAACUACAUCAACAAUACCUGAUCUAACAGAUCCUGAUAACUCUAACAACAAUAACUGCAAAAUGAUUUGUACUAAAUUACACGAAAAACAGUUAGUGACACUAAUCAACAGCAUCAUACCCCCACUCUGCAAUAAACUCUACAAGGGCCAAGCUGGUAAGAUAGCUGUUAUUGGGGGGUCUAAAGAAUAUACAGGGGCUCCAUACUUUGCUGCAAUUAGUGCUUUAAAAAUGGGUGCGGAUUUGGUGCAUGUGUUCUGCACCAAUGACUCGUCGCCUAUCAUCAAAUCGUACAGUCCCGAGUUAAUCGUUCACCCAAUGAUAGAUAGCCCGAACGUAAUGGAAAGAAUAAAGCCAUGGUUGGACAAAAUGCAUGCAGUUGUCGUGGGGCCUGGUCUGGGGACUAACAGAGAAAUAUUGAAGAACGUGAAGGAAAUAGUUUCUUAUGUGAGGGCCAAAAAUUUGCCGCUCAUUAUGGAUGCAGAUGCUUUAUGGAUAGUUGUCGAAGACUCAGAAGUGUUGAGGGAUUAUAAGAAGGCAGUCCUAACUCCUAAUCUCGUUGAAUUCUCUCGGCUCUAUAAAUCUCUGACCAACACGACACUAAACGAUGCUGAUGCCCAUGAACCUGUGGAGUCGGUGAAGAAGUUAAGCAAUCUACUAGGAAAUGUAACGAUAGUUCGGAAGGGCUAUCAGGAUAUUAUCACUGAUGGUGUGCAAGUCGUGAUAAGUGAAGUUAGCCAAUCAAAUCCGAGAAGAUGUGGGGGCCAGGGUGAUGUGCUUGCAGGUCUGAUAGGGACCUUCUCGCACUGGGCAUACAGCAGCACUUAUGAUGAUCCCCUGCUCAAACAGCUGGGACCGUCCCUGCUGGCGUCUUACGGUGGUUCCUACUUAACAAAACUCAGCUCUUAUCAGGCAUUCGCCAAGCACGGUAGAUCGACUACCACUUCGGACAUCAUUGAGAUACUACCCACCGUAGCUAAAGAUAAUUUUGAAAAUUAUUAAGUCUUUGGUUAUUUUUAUUUAAAAAAUUGUUUGGUUGUGAAAUUGCUUGCUGUCUUGCGGUUUAUAAUGGUUUAAAAGUUGCAAAUUGUUGUUUUUUUUGGUAUAGUCGUGUUACAGGUUGGUGAUUUCUUAAAUAUUUACAGCUUUCUGAAUUUUUGUUAUUUAUUAUUUCUACAAAAAAAACACUGAAAAAUAAAAUUUCUUUUAUCAACAUUAAAUUAAAUUAUUUUCAUUACAUAUGUCUGUGACGCAUUUAUAAUUAAAGUUAAGAACACGUUAGUUUUAUGAAAUGGCAAUUAAAGACUGCAUCACACACAUACACACAAAUGUGUAUAUUAAAAUUAAAUACGUACAAAAUGUUGUGUCAACAAACAAUUAUAUAUAUUGUUAGUGAUUAAAUAAAAUAAGUGAGUAUGUGAAUAUAUGCUUCAUCUAAAAUAUUGAGAACGAAAAUAUAAAUCAAUACAUCUAGAUUAUAUAUGUUGCACGCACAUACAUACUUAGCACGCACAUGCACUUGUGCACGCACACACACACAUGUGUGUGUGUGUGUGUGGGUGUGUCGUUAUUAUCUAUAUACAUGAAUGUGUUUGUUAGUAAAAUAGAUACAUUUGUAUUUUAUAAAUAAAUCAAAGUUUUUUUUCUUGCAUGCAAAACAUACUUGAAGAAUCUCAUAUAAAAUUUUAUAAGAAUAACAAAAUAAAUAUGUAAAUAAAUAAGGAAUAUUAUCACUUAUUUGUUUAUCAUUAUUGUCGUUGUUACGACUACAAAACCAGCACACUGCAUGUUUUUAACGCAUCAUUCAUUGACAACAAUAAAAAGGUGAACGAAUUGGUUUCAGUUAACGAUAAACUACACACACACACACGAACAAACAUACACACACACAUAUAUAUAUACAUGUAUAUAUAUACCAGUAUUCAUAUAAGACAAACAAAAACAAUUGUAUCAAUCUCGAUAGGUCUACUUAUAUUACAUAGAUUCUUAUCUGAACGGUUACAUGCCGUCGUCAUCGUCACCAUCUUCAAUUUCGGUGGCCUUCUUGUCGAGUGUUUGCAAAUUUGUUGAUUGAUUGGAUUCUCGUUAAGUAGCUGGAAUAAUUAAUCAGCAUAAUAAUAAUAAUAAUUACAAUGAUAAUAAUAAUAACAACAGUGAUAAUAGUAAUAAUAAUAACAGUGAUAAUAAUGGUAAUCACAGAUUUUUAUUUUUAGAUGUUUCAUCAUUAUUGUUAUCAUUAUUGCCAUUACUACCAUUAUCACCGGUAGUAGCAGUAGUAGUAACAGCAGCUGCAGUAGCGCUACUGGUAGUAGCAGCGGUAGUAGCAGCAACCGUAGCAGCAGUGUAUUUAAUAUCGCCGUCGUCAUUAUUAGGACGACGACGAUUGUUAUUAUAACUAUUAGGGUCAAAAUGAUCCGCUUUAUCAUUAUUAUCACUCAUCGUACUCAAAUGCUCUGGCAGUGAUAAAGACUGGUGGAUGACUUGAGCCUUUGCUACAUCAUCAUCGUCACUAGAACCAUCAUCACCACCAUCAUUGUCACCAUC